CUCAUUUCUAAAUAAUUUUUUUUAAAAGUGCGAACUAAAACCUUAAAAAAAAACUUUUUAUACUAAUCGCUAGUGAUACAGCAAAGUUGUGCUGGAAAAAAAAAUUGUAUACAUUUAAAAAAAAUAUUUCUCCACAAAAAUUCGAAAAUGUCGCUGACUUGAGUUUCUCUGGCGAUGCUGGCCGCUAUUAAAGUGAAUUGAAGAAGAGGAAGAAAAAAACUCAGAAAGGCAUAUAGAAAUCAGCCAGCCAAUAAAUUCCAUACUGAAUACUUUUGUAUAUGCGUACAAGUGUGUGCGUGCGGCUGUAUGUAGAUACAUAUGUUUUAGAAAUGCGCGUACAAGUUGUGUGUGUGUGUGGACGCCUGUUAGCAGCAACAACAACAACAUAACCAGCACCAAUACAACAAGCGCCACAGCAACAGCGCGAAAGAAAAACACCAACAGCAAGAGCAACAGCAACAACAAUAAAAACUAGUAAACGAAAAGUGAAAGUGUGAAUUCUGUUGAGUGCUGGAAAUUUUUCACUUUGCUUUCUAUGGAACAAAUAAAAGAAAAAAAUUUAACAAAGAAAAAAUAUAAAUAUGCCAGGCUGAUUAGUAAAAGCAAGUAAAGGCAAGUGACUAUCAUGAAUAUUUAAAAUUUUAAGUGUAAAAAUUAGAAAAGUUAUAAAAAAAAACUAAAACUGUUCAACUGCUACAUUUGCUUAAAUCUCAAAAACUGGAUACUUUCAAGGAUUUUGUAAAAAAAAAAACUAAACCAACCACAAAGCCCACAAAGCCAGCACCCAACAGCAGCAUAGUGAAAAUUGUGGAUUAGCCGCGUACAAACACCUGUGUACAUACCUACUCGGACAUACAAACACAAUUUAAUUGAGCAUUUAUCUCAACUUUGUCGUUGUUUUUGGUUUUUUGUUUUUUUGUUUUUUUGGUUUCGUUAGCAAACAUUGCACCAAAAUUCAAAGUAAACAGCAUCCAUGGAUAUGGCCGCCAACGAAAUCAUGGCCGCCAAUGAGAUUAUGGGGUCCAAUGUCAAUGCCAAUUGCCAGUAUUCGACAAGAUAUUGCUGGGAAGCAGAAAAAGUCAAAACGUUAAUCAGAUUGCGAGCGGAACUAUCUCCAUUAUUCACAGGCAAACGCAAUGCCUCCAAAUAUGCAUGGGCGGUCGUCGAGCGCAAGUUAAAUGUUCCGCUACCGCUUUCGAAGAUCAUCAAAAAAUGGAACAAUCUACUACAGGAAUACAAGGCCAUCAAGAUGUCCGAAGAGCCGAAGCGUCGCGAAUGGCCUUUCUUCACCCUCAUGGACGUCUACUUCAGCGAUCAGGUCAACGAUCCUUCGCUGCGUCUAUUCUCCUCCACGAAAACGCUUCGCGAAACCAUCGACGACAGCGUCUUCGAAGAGGAUCCCAUAAUUGUGUCCGCCAUUGAGGCUGCCACUUCGGGAGCAUACAUGGACAUUGAUGAGCUGAUACGGCGCCAGAAAGAGCGCGCCGAGAAGAAGUUUGCGCUGGGUGGCGGCAGCAUUGGCGAUUACAAAUACGACAUCAAACCAAUGCUGCAGAACAGUAAAUUCAACAACAACGAUACGCUGAAGCUCUCGAAGAGCGUCGACGAUCUGAGCAUGCAACAGUACAAAAUCAAGGACGAGCUGAUGCGCCAACACGAGCAGGAACAGCAAGAAAACCUGCUCAAGAUCAAGCAGCACGCGCGCCAACAACAACAGCAGGCACAACAGCAACAGGCCCAACAGCAGGCACAGCGCGAACGCGAACGUGAACGCGAGCGUGAACAGCAAGCGCAACAACAACAGCAACGCUAUUUACACGCUGCGGCUGCUGGCCAACAAGCACAAUUGCCGCCGCCACCAUCGCCACAUGCAGCACAUCGGCUGCCACAGCAACCGACACCACCGCCGGGCCUACAACAUGCCUUACAGCAACAGCAUCAGCACUUGUUACAACAACAUCAACAGCAGCAGCACCAGCAGCAGCAGCACCACCUCCACCAUCAGCAGCAGCAGCAACACCAACAGCGUCAACAACAAUUGCAACAGCAACAACAACAACAGCCACAUCAACAACAACAAUCACAGCAGCAGCAGCAGCAGCAGCAGCCACAACAAUUGUCGCCUUCCAUUACACUACCACCGCCACCCACACCGCCCACCACUGCACAGCAGAUACACAUCCAAACGGCACAACAUCAGGCCACUCAACAACAGUUGCAUUUGCAACAGCAACAACAGCACAAUCCACAUCAUCCCCAACAGCAACAGCAGCCCUACGCCGAUCCCAAUACGAUCGAUCAGUACCUGUUGUCGUGGAACAAUUUCCAUGGCAAUAUGUGUCGCGGCUUCCACACGCUACAGAAGGACGAAAAGAUGGUGGAUGUGACUAUUGCCGCCGGCGGGAAGAUAUUCAAAGCACACAAACUCGUACUAUCCGUUUGCAGUCCAUACUUUCAACAAAUAUUCCUCGAAAAUCCAUCAAGUCAUCCGAUACUUUUAAUGGCCGAUGUAGAAGCUCCACACAUGGCUGGUUUACUAGAUUUUAUGUACAGUGGGCAGGUGAAUGUUAAAUAUGAGGAUCUACCAGUUUUCCUGAAAGUAGCCGAAGCAAUGAAGAUCAAAGGAUUACACACAGAGAAAAAUAUGAAUGACGACAAGGAUGGUGGAUCUUCACAUGAUGGCGACUCGGUGACCACACCAACUGGCCCUGGCACCCACUGUCACUUCGAUCGUUCCACACAUAGCGUUAACAUAACGGGCCACCCCUACGGCCAAUCCCCAUUACAACCUCUGCAACCGCAUCAACAACCGCCAGCACCACCGCCACCACAAUCUGGCGCCCAGGCGACGCUUGAGCAUAGCAUGAAUGGCAAUGGCGGACCACUCUCACCCUCGCCUGGCUAUGCCAGUUUCCGUGAUCACAUCAAGUCUAAGGCCAGUUUUGCCGAAACGUUCAUGAAGAAUCUCAGCCGCAACAACAACAAUAACAGCAGCAUCAGUAAUUACAAUCACUUGGGCAAUUCGUUACCGGAGUCGACCGCAGUGACCCGCAAACCUGAUAAUUUCGCCAUUUUACAAGCGAACAGCAAGAAGAUACUGGACACUUCAAGGAAACCACACAAAUACCUGGCCAAACGUAAAAUACUAAUGCAUUACAAUGAGGAAAUGAAUGAGAAGCGCCGCAAGGAGAUGGAUUGCUAUGGCAAUGAGGGCGAUGGCAGCAGCACACCCAUGCCAGAAGUGACACUGGUGGAGCCCACCACAGUAGCAGCAGAACCGUUGGGUCUGACUUCAGCUAUCUCAGUGAGCGCUAUCGGUAAUAGCGGAAGCAACAACUACAAAAUACGACUCAUGGAAAAACAUCAGAAUGACACUGCAGCAGCAGCAGCCGCCGCCGCCGCCGCCGCCAUUUCUGCUAAUGCAACAAAAAAGAACGACAACAAUGGCAAUACCACUAACGACAACAAGGAGUCAAAUACGCAUAAAGAGCCUAAGCCGAUGGAAGAGGAAGCAACAGAAGCGUUGAAUCUCGUACAAACGAAUACCAGUUCAGGUGGAGCACACGAUGGCCAGCGAAAAAACAUAGCCGAGGCGGAUGCGAGCGCCAAGGAGGAGCCAACUGCAGCCACGAUCAUACCGCUCGUGCCGCUUAUCAACAUCAAGGUGGAACAACCGGAUUUGAGCUAUAACAUGGGGAACAAUAUUGGCAGCGGUCUCAGCAGUGGGACGAGCAGCAGCGGUUGCAGUAUUGGCGGUCGCAGCAGUAUGAGCACCUCCGAUGAGGAGGAAUUAGAGCGCGAACGUGAGCGGGAACGAGAACGAGAACUUGGAAGGGCAUUGGAAAGAGAAAGGGAGCACGAAUGCGAAAGAGAACUUGAGCGGCUGAGAGAACGUGAACGCGAUCGGGAACACAGCCAACAAUAUCACGCUGAGUACAACAACGACAAAGGCAUGGAAACAGAUUCGAAUAACAACAACAGCAAGGAGACGACCAAUUUGAAUAAGAAUGCGGCGCUCAUACACGCCAUCACACGCAAUUUGGAGCAUCCGAAAAGUGACAACAACAACAAUCACACAGAAUUGGAUCUGAGUAAUACGCAUUUGGGGAGUUUGGGUUUAGUGGCGGGCCUAAACGAUAACGAAACUGUAAAGAAUAUAGCGACAGCGGAAAUUUUGUGCGGCCUAAAGAGUAAAGUUUUCAAAAUGGAGAAACUAGAUGAUGAGCGGGAACGAGAACGUGAGAAUUGUCGAAAUUUGAGUGAGAUAAAAAAUGCCGGCGAUUGACAAAUGAGCGCGUUGAGACGCACCGCGCAUUGAGUGGGAGUUGGAAAAGAAGUAGGGUGGGAAUAGCGGUUUAAUAGAGUAUGCAAAAUGCGUACGAAGCAAUCAAACAACCCGGGCAGCUUUAGUAGCUAAAAAAGGGUGGGUCUGAUGAAAACUAAAUUGUUGAAACUUUCUUUUGCAGAAAAUUUAAUUGAGUAGCCAAAACGCGGGGCGGAGCGUUUUAUUUUAUAUAGUUCAUAUGUUGAAGUGCAUUUGUUUUAUUUUUUAUAAUUUUUGUUUAAUUUAUAGUUAUUUAUUUUUACAUUUAUGCAUACAUACAUACAUAUUUUUAUUUAAUCCAUUAACUUAGUAGGUACGCAUGUGUAGGUACAUAGAAGUAGAAGCAACACUUUAAAUAAUUUAAGUUAAAACUAAAAAUUAGAGUUAAGAAAAAAGUAAAAAUCAUUGAUGCAAAGCGAAAAACCGGGGCAAUGAGAAGUUAAAAAAUCAAAUCGGUUUCUAAGAAUUACGAUUUCGGAAGCAGACAAAUGAAAAAGUAAAAUAAAAUUAAGAUUCUUAAACAACAAAGUCUCGAAAAUAAAUAUAUUUUUA